AUGGCUCACAACUGGCCACGUGAUAGGAAACAUCAAACUCCCAAUUGCCAAUUCCACUCCCAAUCUAAAGCUGCUGUGGAGGAAGCAGUUAAUGCUGUGUCAUGGAUAAACCAAUCGGUUGGCUCUCAGCCAGUUGCACUUGAGCCCUUCAUUAAGACAGUGCUUGCUGGCUUACAGAGAUUGUUAGCUAAACCAAGGAGGAAGAAGGAGCCUAUAAUGCUGGCUAUGUUAAAAGGCUUGGUCGACGCAGCUGGCUCUUCACCUAGCCUCUCGGAGGCACGGACAGUUGCUAUUGCUCUCGUAGCAUUCUCUGCUUUUUUGAAAGUUGAUGAAGUGGCCAGUCUAUGUUGUUGCGAUGUGCAGUUUUAUCCAGGUCAUAUGGUCAUAAAGAUUCUAUCGAGCAAGACAGAUCAGCUACACCAGGGUGAUGAGUUUGUCGUUCGCUCACGUUCUGCUACUUGUCCUGUCACACGACAUGAGCAGUAUUUCAGUCUAGCUGCUAUUAACCCAGACAAUACUGAGCAGUUGUUCCGUGGUAUUGUUCACACAAGAAACGGAGAGAAGCUGAGGGAAUUGGGAUCCCUCAGCUACACUAGGAUUCGAGAGCUACUCCAAGCCAAACUUCAGUCCCUUGGGUAUGACCCAGCUUUAUUCGGUACCCAUAGUUUUAGAGCGGGCGGACCAACUUUGGCUGCGAAUCAAGUAGUGCAAGACCAGAUGUUCAAGCGGCAUGGACAAUGGAGAUCAGAAACAGCAAAAGAUGGUUAUGUGAAGGACUCCAUGGAGGCAAGACUGGAAGUUUCAAAGAAGUUAGGGUUGUAA